UUUGACAGUUGUUUGUUGUCGUUUGUGACUUAUGACGAGUGAGUGAAAACAUGCAAAGAAACCUGAUUUUGCAAUGAGCAAAAUAGCAAUUGACCAUUGCUUUUUAAACUUGGAACUGUUUUUCAAUGUUUAGAAAUAUUAGUGUGUUUAAAGAAGACGAGAUAGACAAAACAAGGUUCAUUGAACUCGCGUCCUUUCAACCUCGAAGAUUGUGACAAAGGUAGACGCUAGAUAAACAGGAUGCGGGCGUCUUAGGUGCAGAACGGUGAUAUUCACAGUGUUUGCUGUUAAAAAAGAUAUACCUGUCGUUGAGAAGAGAGUGUCUGUGAUGUCAAGACGAAGAAGGACAUUGUUUGAGGAAUAUGAUGGCCCUGUUGCCCACAUUACUGUGUACAAAUAUGGAGCCAUGUUCACACCAGUGGAAAGACACAAACAGAACAGUAAACAUAACAUCAGCACACAAAUACUGGACAGACCUGCCAUCAUAUCAAAAAUCUACCACCUUUUAAGUAUUCACCGACAAAAAACAGAGGAAGCGCUACAACAAAAUAAAAUUCUUAAACAAUGUCAUUUGAAACCAUGUCAUGAUUGUUCAUCAAGUUUGCACAUUGCUUUGCAAAAAGCUAUACGUCUUUGUUAUAACCAAAAAAUUGGAGAAAGUCGACUUUAUCCAGUUGGUGAACUUUUCCUAGAAUUGUUCCAUUGUGGCGGAGACACAAGUGCGUUGUUCAGUCCCUUGCUGGAUGCAAAUCUAAUCAGGCGUUCACACUCAGGGAAUGAAAUCCUCUACCCUAAAAAAGAUGCCGCCAAUAUUCACAUAACAUUUGAAUACUACCUGAACCAUGUAUGCAAUAUCAACACCACUGUUAUCAGUGAUAGUCAGUUUGCUGCUAGUAUUAAGAAUACAGAUCUCAUCAAUAAAGAAAUUGGACAUAAUUCAGGUAUUCUCCCUCUUUCUGCUGCCAUACACAAACGUGAUCCUGCCUUUGUGCUGAUAUUGCUCAGAUAUGGAGCUGAUCCAUUUCAUAGUCUUGAAGCAAACAGUUCAAGUUAUGAAGACCACAUACGGAAUCCCACAGAGAAUGUUAUUGAUGAUCUGAAUGGGCUGUUCUUGUUUAAAAACACAGCUUUUAGUGACAAUAUUUGUGCUCAGUUAGCAGCAGAAGAAGCGAAAGUAUGGACAUGUUUGACAUACAUCAGGCGUGCAGUUCCAGGAAUUGACUUGACGUCUUGUACACACAUUAUCACUUCUUCAGGUUAUGAUUCAGAUGACAAAGUAAAUGAACCCAGAAAGCCAGUACCAAUGGGACCAAAGUACAAUCUUCUGCCAAAACUAGCUGAUAAGAUAGAUCUCAAGUUCUUUAAGAAAACAUCCUCUUUGAAGCAGUUAUGUAGGUGUGUCGUAAGACAAAAACUGCAAGCAAACUGUAAAACAAUUGGCAGUAUUCCAAAAGGGAUCAAUCUCUUACCCCUGCCUCGACUGCUGAAAGACUAUCUAGAUCUACAGACAGAUUAGAAUCUGUAGAUGAUACUAGAUCCGUCAAUAAACGAAUUAAAUUAUGAAAGAGCAGUUUAUUUAGCUGUGGUAUUUUGUCUGUCAUGGCAAGCCUCAGAGAAAAUGUGCCUAUUAAAAUAGUGUUGCAAUCUUGUGAUAAAUCAAAUCAGAGAAAAAAUCCAAGUACAUGUAAUAUGGUUGCUGUUAUAUUAUCAAAAAUGCAAGUCAACUCUACAAAGCUACAACAUACAAAAUAUUUUUUAAGGUAUGUCUUGAAUAUGUUUGAAAGAAUAUAAUUACUAUUAUGAAAUCAUAUGUGAUGUUACCAGCAUGAAAUCACAACAUUAUAUCUUGUAAACAUUCAUUUAAUAGUGUGAUAAUUUGUUACGUAAAAAUGAGGGUGCUAUAUAGAGAAUUUUAUGUAUUUACCACUGUAAAUUAAUGAAAUAGUACUUAUGAUGUGAACAGGAACAAUUUAAGAGUGUAUUCUCAUUGAGUGUAAUAUUAAAGAAUAUUUGCGUGCUCCAAUUUAGAGUCAAUCUUUUGCAUCAUAAAAGUAAAACUCAAAUAAAAUGUACAUAUGAUUUCACAUAUAAUAUGAAAAUGAUUAAACCUGUUUACUAAAAUUGAUAAAAAAAUCAGCAUAACCAAGGCACAUUUCCAUCCAUUUAAAAAAAUCCAUUUUGAAUGACUUGUGUGAUAUCCUCCUCAUAUUUAUGCCUUUCUUAGUUUUUUGAUGCUAGAAUUUGAUUUUUAAUUUGAGCAUAACAAUAUUCACUUAUUUACACUUGAUAAAAGUACCCUCUUAAAGCUGCACUCUCACAGAUUGAACGUUUGACAACUUUUUUAGUUUUUGUCUUGGAACGAGCCAAUUUUUGCGAAAAUCCAUGGAAACCAGUGAUAUAAGACUGCUGGCUAAAAAUUAGAUUGCAGAUUUUUCAUAUUUAAGUUCAAAAAUUGAUGUUUUAUGCAUUUUUUUAACCGUUAGUAACGGUUUAAGCCAUAAAAAAUUAAUUUUCGAAUGGAAAUAUGAAAAUCUGUGCUAUGAUCUUUUGUCAGCAAUCUUUUAUCAUUGGUUUGCAGUUUUUCAUGCAAAAAUUUGCUCUUUCCAAGACAAAAAAUAAAAAAGUUGUAAAAACGGUAAAUCUGUGAGAGUGCAGCUUUGAAUUGUGUAGAAGAGUUUAUAUUGUGCCAAAAAAAUUAGAUUGUAUGUCGGUAAUUUAUUUACCCUAUCAAUACAGCAUUAUGCUUAAAGACUGUAGUGAGAAAUAAUUAUUUUAAGAAAAUGAUUGUAUAAACAUGUAUUUUAUCUUUUUGACUUCUCAAUAUUUGUUUAAAUUAUUUAUUUAUUAAUAGCACAUUAACAUAUCUGUGAUCUCUACUAUUUAACUUACAUGUACAAAUGUUCUUAAGUUUUAUUUACAUGUACUGUUAUAUAGGGUUUUUAAAGCCAGGUUUUAAAAAAGGACAGGAUGCCUAAGAAAAGGGGCUGGGUGCUAAGGGACAAAAGCUAGGGCACAUAGUAUUGGGCUAUGAAUGAUUUAAGCAUUAUGAUUUUCAUAGAAAAUGUUAGAAAUAUGGUAGUUCUUAUUUAUGUAAUGUUAGGUUUCAACUACUAAAUAAUUAAAGUCGGUUUCAAUGAAUUCAAAAUCACAUUUCAACUUUUAAUCAAAACAAAAGUAAUAUUUGACUAUCAAGAGCAUUUAAAUCUUUGGAGGCAGGAGGUUGCACAUUCUGGUCUCCAUGAUCUUCCAAAAAAGAACAGGUUGCAACACCCUCCAAUAAUGCACCAGUUAAUUGUAACCCCCCCCCCCCAUAUACCGGGGAUAACCUUCCAGGUGGCACUGCAAUGCCGGGUGAAUGCGGUGGUUUUGUCUUCGCGCCAGAUAUAGCUGGGAACAGUUCUUACCUAGGGUUCCUGGGGUGCUGAGGCAUUUGGCAGGGAUUUUACCAGCAGUUCAUCCCCGCAGGGAAUUUUACCCGGGCUUGGCUGGAGCAUAAAUCAUAGUUCACCCCUAUUCCCCAGACCGGGGGGGGGGGGGGGGGGUCAUGGUUACAAUCAACUGGUGCAUAACCCCCUAGCUAAAACCUUAUGUAAUACCACUUAGUGUUUACACUCAUGCCUCCACCAAUGAGUUUGCUUGGCAGAUUCUGAAUUUUAUCAUUUAGAAAGCCUACUUUCAAUAACAACCACCAUCUUUCCAUUAAGUUGUCAAUAGUUUUAUUGAUAGGGCUGUUUAGCAAUUCCCGAUAGCUAAUAUACAUUGAAGACUGUCUACGCAUUCAUGCCGAUUAUAAGAAAGGUAUUAUUUUUAUUAUACAUGGUGGGCACCGCCCUUAAAUCGUCCAAGUUCCCUGUUUUUUUGUAAUAUUGGAGAAAAAAGUAAUAAAAUAUGCCUAAAAUGCACCAUUUCAAACAAGAAAUCAUUAAUUUUUUCUUGGCAGGGUACCCUCAAACCCCCUUGCCACCACUUCAAGCCAAAAUAGUCUGAAGGUUCUGAGGGAAGGGUACAAGUGAACAGCUGACGUCCUUAAGUUUUGCCCCCUCUAAAGUCAAAAACUGGACCACCCCUGGUUAUUACAACAUCCUAUUAAUCACUCUUGUGGGCUUGAUGUUCCCUGGUGAAUAUUGACACAGUGACUCAAACAUGAGUGACUUACUGAAUUAUUUGUUAAAGUUGCACUCUCACAGAUUUACCAUUUUUAUAACUUUUUUUAUUUUUUGUCUUGGUUAGAGCAAAUUUUUGCAUAUAAUAUGCAAACCUAUGAUAUAAGAAUGCUGAAAAAAGAUCAGAUCGCAGAUUUUUAUAAUACCAUUUGAAAAUUAAUGUUUUAUGGCUUAAACCCUUACUAACGGUUAAAGAAAAAUGCAUAAAACAUCAAUUAUGAACUUAAAUAUAAAAAUCUGCGAUCUAAGUUUUAAAAUUGUCAGCAGACUUAUAUAACUGGUUUCUAUGGAUUUUCGCAAAAAUUGGCCCGUUCCAAGGCAAAAAAUAAAAAAGUUGUCAAAACGUGCAAUCUGUGAGAGUGCAGCUUUAAGUGUAACUUUUAAAAUUAGUGCCAUUAUGCUAGGCUUUAUGCAAGUUUUAAAAAGGACUGGGUAUUGCAGAAGAGGGACAUGGUACCAUGGGAUUAAAGGGCAUUUUAAUUUGACCAAAAAGGAUAGUGUUUAACUGAAGUAAUAUUAGGUUGACAAAUAAGUAUACUUUUUAAAGCUGCACUCUUACAGAUUGAUCGUUUUUAGCUUUUUUUAUUUUUUGUCCUUUCAGGAGCCAAUUUUUGCGUGAAAUAUCUAGAAAUCAGUGAUAUAAGACUGCUGACAAAAUAUCAGGUCGCUACUUAAUCAUAUUUAUGUUCGAAAAUUCAUGUUAUAUGGCUAAAAGCUUUACUAACGCUUUAAGAAAAAUGAAAUCUUCAGCAGUUUACCAAACAUUUGAGAUCUGACCUAUUGAAAAUUAUCUAAUAUGACUAAAUUGAAGGCAUUAAAGCCCAAAUCAGCAGAUUUUGAGACAAAUAUUUUUUAAAGUGUCAAAACUAACCACUGGUGAGAGUGUAGCUUUAAGAAAAAAAAUCAAUUCCAUAUUCAAUACAAAGUCAAGUUAUAACUGUUGUCAAGUAUUUACUUUAAAGCAAACUUGGUCAUGUGUUAGGGUUAGGUCAGUCUCUUUUCACUGAGCAUAGAAACUGGAAGUAUAUGUUUCAAAAUAGACAUUUGUUAUUAUUAAAUAGCAUUAAAGCUGCACUCUCAAAGAUUUAUCAUGUUUACAACUUUAUUGUUUUUUGUCUUGGAAAGAGCAUAUUUAUGCGUAAAUACCUGCAAUCCAAUGAUAUAAGGUUGCUGACAAAGGAUCCAAUCACGGAUUUGCAUAUUUCUGUUUGAAAAUUAUUGUUUUAUGGCUUAAACCGUUACUAACAGUUUAAGAAAAAUGUAUAAAACAUCAAUUGUUAAACUUAAAUAUAAAAAUCUGUGAUCUAAAUUUUUGUCAGCAGUCUUAUAUUACUGGUUUCCAUGGAUUUUCGCAAAAAAUGGCUCUUUGACAAUUGACAAAAAGCAAAAAAGUUGUCAAAACGUUCAAUCUGUGAGAGUGCAGCUUUCAAGCUUUAAAAAGUGUGGUUUCAAGGUACAUGUAGUUGUACAUCUUUUAUUUCCUAUUUAAUUGAAUUGUGAUUGUUAUUUGAUUGGACUUAUUUCAAGUGUUUCCUUAGUGGGUAAUGCUCAUACUAGAUGUAUACUCAUCAGUUUUUGUGUUGUUUUGCAAAUGGUGCAAAAGAUGUUUCUGUAAAAAAAUGUAUAUGGCGUUUUUGUUUUGUUUUUUGAUUUCAUAUCCAUUUUAAAGCUCUUUUCAAAAGAUUUUUACGGUGUGCGCAGACUGAACAUAUCCCAGACUUUAUGUACAAAAUAUGUUGUGUGUGUGUGUGUGUGUUUCUUAUUUAUUUUCUGGUCAUAGCAAUAUGCAUGAUUUAAGAUAAUUGUACUAUUAAAUGAAAUGAUGGUAAAACAGAAGCGGCACUAUUCAGAUAUAUUUCUAAAAUGUAAUUUGUAUUUUAACUAUGAAAAUAUAUUUUAACAAACUAGUGUUUGGAAGCUUUUUAAUUGUAAUUUUAACUUAUUUAUUAUAUUUAUUGAAUGAUGGAGUUAAACUGUGAUUGACAAGGGAAGAUCUUUUAAAAGUAUUAAAAUACA